CUGUAGAUGGCAGGAGUGCGCUUAUUAGACGGGAAUAUUACGUAGAAGAAAUCAAAACUCGAAAACAAGUUGAUAAUGUGGCUUGUAGUAUAUCUUGGUCCCUUUCCCCACUAGUGAAGUUAGUUUGGUUUUCUACAGAUUUUGCAUAAAGGUCUUCCUUCGUCACGUUGAUAUGCAGCGACUCAACGAACCUCACCCAUUGUUCGGAGGCGCGAUGUCAGCCGUCCUCCCUCAUAGCGCCGCCGACGUGAGCAAACUGCGGGAGAUCCCUGACAACCAAGAGGCAUUCGUCCACGCCCGCACCGACCAGAGCCUCAUCGUGGAGCUGGUCGAGUACCAAGAGCACGUCGCGGACCAGGACGCGGCCCGGUAUCACUUCGAGGACAUCGCGGGUAACAACGCCGCCUCGCAGCCCAGCGCGCAGGAGGUAACCGGCGUAGUCGCCUUGCCCAAAUCUUCGCUCUCCCUGUCGGCGUGCAGCUCCGCUUGGGCGCUGACCGGCACCCAGUGCGUGUCCAAAUUCAACGAGACGGCCAGGAACCGGGUGAGGCUCCACCUCGGGGUGUUCCGCCUGCCCCAGUUCGGCACCGACGUUUUGGUGACGUUCAACGACCCGCAGAGCAUCUGCCCCGACAGCAGCAGCAGUCCCGCGGCCGUGGGAGCCGGGGUAGAGCCGUGGACUGUGGAGGACUUCCAGCAAGUGCUGCAGUCCCUAACGCUGCACAACCAAGGGCUGUUCGGCUAAAAACUGUGGCGGGAUGGACCAUGGGACAUUAACGGACCCCUACAGUAUUUCAUCCUUCCAACCAUUCAAUUGCAAAAGCAAAUCAAAGUCACCACAUAUUUUAUUUUUGCCGAAAUAAACGAUGGUUACCCUAUUUCAGUGUUUUUUGACCUUUUUUGAGCCACGGCACAUUUUUUACAUUGGAAGAAUUUUGUGGCACACCACUAACCAAAAAUGUUACAAAAAGACACUCUGUAUAGUAUAUUUAAUUACAAUAUAAUUUCUCUAUUUAUACUCA